AUGAAAGUCAAAACCAUUUCUCGCUCGGCCGACACCUAUGUCCCCGCCCGAAACACCCAAGAAUCCGCCUUGCCCCGCAACUUGGACCCGGCGCUCCACCCGUUCGAGCGGGCCCGAGAAUACACGCGAGCGGUGACGGCCACAAAGCUCGAAAGAAUGUUUGCGCGUCCGUUUGUGGGCCAGCUCGGCGACGGACACCGUGAUGGUGUCUAUUGUCUUGCCCGCAACUUCCGCACGACAAACCAGGUGGCCUCGGGCUCGGGCGACGGUGUGGUCAAGUACUGGAACAUGACGUCGCGAGCAGAAACGCUCAGCUUCAGAGCACACUACGGCAUGGUGACGGGCCUUUUCGUGUCGCCAGCAGGAUUGCUCUCAUGCGGAGACGACAAGACCAUCAAGUUGUGGUCGUUGGACGUGAACGAGUUUGGCGAAACGGACGACUCCAAAGUCAAGGACGCCGGCUUGCUCAAAACGUUUGGCGGCGAGCACGCCUUCAAAGGCUUGGACCACCAUGUGUCGGACGAGCUUUUCGUCACCGGCGGCGCCUCGGUGCAGCUCUGGAACAUGAGCCGGUCCAACUACGUGGCCAACAUGUCGUGGGGCGCCGAUAACGUCAACAGCGUGCGGUUCAACCGCACGGAAACCAACGUGGUGGCGUCGUGUGGCGCCGACAACUCCAUUGUGUUGUACGACAUCCGUACAAGCACGCCGGUGCAGAAGGUGGUGACGAAUUUCCGGGCCAAUGCGCUCUCGUGGAACCCGAUGGAGGCGUUCCACUUUGCGCUGGGCCACGAGGACCACAACGCCUACUUGUGGGACAUGCGCAACUUGACCAAGAGUCUCAACAUCUACAAGGACCACGUCAGUGCCGUCACGGACCUUGACUUCAGUCCCACGGGCCAGGAGCUUGUCACGGGCUCCUACGACAAGACCAUCCGCCUCUACCGGGCCCGCGAAGGCCACUCGCGUGAUGUCUACCACACCAAGCGGAUGCAGCAUGUGUUUUGCGUGGGCUUCACCACAGACUCGCGGUAUGUGCUCAGUGGCUCGGACGACGCCAACGUGAGGGUGUGGCGGAGCAACGCAUCGGAGCGGUCGAACGUCAAGUCGUCUCGCGAACGCGCCAAGCUCAACUACGACCAGAAGUUGAAGGACCGCUACAAGUACAUGCCCGAGGUGCGCCGCAUUGCCAGACACCGCCACUUGCCUAGUGUGGUGAAGAAGGCGCAGCAGAUCAAGACGGUCGAGCUCCAGUCGUUGAAGCGGCGCGAGGAGAACGCAAGAAAGCACAGCAAGCCGGCGCCUCGCGUGCCCGAGCGCCAGAAACACGUUCGUGGCACGGCCAUCAAGGAGGACGAGGAGCAGUGA